AUGAAGUUCUUUGGGACGAAUGGCUCGCAGGAGCCGACUAUUGAGCAGGUUCACGAGCAACAAGAUCGUCGUCCUUCGCUCGUAGAAGUUCAAGAGAACUCAGCUCGCCGCAAGAGUGUGGACAACCACGUUCUUACCGGUGCAAGUGCUUUGACUACUCGUCAAUCCAUUGUACCUGUCGUCCUGGUCACUAGCCUCUUCUUCAUGUGGGGAUUUGCCUACGGUCUUCUCGAUGUCCUGAAUUCCCGUUUCCAGGUCGCCCUUCACAUCACCCAGGGUGAAUCUUCCGGUCUCCAAGCUGCCUACUUCGGCGCCUACUUUGUCGGUCCCCUCACAUACUCUGGUUGGUUCCUGCGCAAGUUUGGAUACCGCUACACCUUCAUCCUGGGUUUGUCCAUCUACUGUGUCGGCGCACUCAUGUUCUGGCCUUCAGCCGUCAAACGAAGCUUCGGUGGUUUCUGUGGUGCCAUGUUCCUUGCUGGUUCUGGUCUCUCCACCCUCGAAACAUCUGCCAACCCCUAUAUUGCUGUCUGCGGUCCUCCCAAGUGGUCCGAGUUCCGUCUUGAGUUGUCCCAGUCCGUCCAGGCUGUCGGCUCUGUCAUCGCCCCCGUGCUCGCCGGCCAAGUCAUUUUCAAGAAUGUUGGUGAGGAUGGUCGUUCCCUCGAGGCUGUCCAGUGGGUUUAUCUUGGUAUCGCCGGCUUUGUCGCUAUCCUGGCUGUCAUUUUCUACUUCGUGCCAACUCUACCAGAGAUUACCGACUUCGAUAUGGCUGCUCAGGCUGAGGUUAUGACAAGCGCAACAAACUAUGUUGACAAGCCCCUGCGCAAGCAAUACACUCUCUUCUGGGGAACUGCAGCGCAAUUCUCCUACGUCGCUGGCCAGGUCGGUGUUGCCGCCUAUUUCAUCAACUACUUCGCCGAGGCACGUCCCGAUCUCAACGUCACAGAGGGUCAUCGUCAGGGUGCCAACUUCUACGCCAUUGCCCAAGGUCUCUUUGCAGCUGGUCGUUUUGCAGCAGCUGGCAUCAUGUACUGGGGUGGCAAGCCUCGCUACGUGCUUCUAGUGUUCCAGACCCUCAUCAUGAUCUUCAUCUCCGCCGCAAUCGGCGUCAACACAGGUGGUGCCAACAACCCCAACUGGGGCGGUCUCUCCAUGCUCAUGAUUGUGCUCUUCUUCGAGUCCUGUGUCUUCCCCAUCAUCUUCGCACUGACCCUCCGAGGACUCGGAAGGCACACAAAGCGCGGAGCGUCCUUCCUUGUCUCCUCAGUCUGUGGUGGUGCGGUGGGACCCGUCAUCUUAGGCAAUGUCGCCGACAGCAUCGGCACGAGGAAGGCCAUGUGCAUUCCUCUCAUCUUCUUCUUCAUCGCAUGGUCCUACCCCAUCUACCUCAAUCUCUACAAGGGCACGGAGCUCGAUGCUUACACUGAGUCUCACGUUGGCCUUGCGGAGGAUCAAGUCGACAGUGACUCCAUCAUGGCUAGCAAGGAGAUUGAGUCUGUUCGCUUCGAGUCCAAGGCUUAA